UAAGAACGGAUUUUCCAUUUUGUCGAUUGUGGUUUGUCAAUUUUGUGAAAAAGUGAUGGCAGUGGAAGAGCCUAUUGUAAACAUUUAUCUUACAAACCCUCCUACUGAGUAUUGUCAAGCCAGAUAUACUGUAAAGCAAAAACCUAGCAAAUGUCGGACCAAAGGAAAGUACAUGUUUUGUUUGCCUGGUGAAAAACAAGGCUACAUUACUUGUGGUACACACCUCAAAGCCUUGUGUGACUUGAGCGCUCUUGGAAUGGAUAAUCAACCCAUGAAACCAUUGCCUAAGAACGGAAAGCUAUUGGGCUAUGGAGAUUACGAAAAUAUGGAAGAACAACAAUGCCAAGCACUCAUCACGGCAGCUAGCGGAAAGGAACCUCCAGAACGGUGUUCCUCUUUUAAGACUUUCGCAUUCCAAAGUGAACAACACGAAUGCAUAUUGUUCCUUUGUAAAAAGCAUUUUUCAUGGAUUGAUAAUGCCUAUGAUCACAAGUCUUAUAUAGUUCAGGAUGCACCAUCUGCACAGACGGACAAUGAAGUCUUAGAUGAGCAAGCCUCGGAACAACAAACAAAUUUUCAGGACGAAGAAGAGCGCGGUCAUCCAAAGACAACCAAGUAUGAAGAUUUUAUAGAGUCUAAUGAAAAUGCAGUUGAAGACACUGAUAAACUAUCGUUACUGACGAAUGGAGAGAAUGGAUACGUUGAAGCAAAUGGUGUCGGUGAAGACUCAUAUUCAGUUGAAGAAAAUAAUGAUAUGGCUUUGCAAAACUGCAAAACACAGAGUAGCAGUCAACAAACCUCAUUAUCUGAACACCGGAAUCAUUCCACUAAUACUAAUGGUAACCAGACAGAAAGUGAGAACGCUGCAAUUCGACAAACAGAAGCCAAUAUUUAUAGUCCUGCUGAAAGCCAAUCGGAUUCCUCAUUGGUUGAGGAAAAGAUGCAAGCUGAGAAGAAGAACUCUCUUGAUGUUUCAAGCUCAAAGAAAGAAGACUUUGCUCCAGAAAGAGAAGAAGUCCGGCGACAAGUUGAUAUCGAGAAAAGGGAAUCAAAGGAGCUGAAGCCAGCUUCUGAAAUGCAACGUAUUCCUCCUCCACCACCAAAACCUCAGCACUUUCGACCCGACGAAAAAUCUGGAAAAUCUAAACAGACAGCUGCCGAAGGCGGCUGUUGUGUGAUUUCAUAGCUUUGCUUUUAUGAUGGGUGAUUGAAUUUACAUAUAAAUAUUCAACUUGUUUUCGGUUUGACACUCGCCACUCUGCCCACUCAGCCACCGCUCUCUUGUAAGAAGUGAGAGUAUUUCUAAGUUUCAAUAUAUGUUGUCUCUCGAGC